UCAGUACGAGUACGAGUGCGGUCUUCGACGUAUCCAAAAGCAAACGCGGCUCUUUUUUAAGCGCGUUUUGUAUUAUUCUACUCAUAUAAUUUAUAAUUUGCGUCGCUAUAUGAUUUCUCCUUGUUUCGUAGAACAACAACAACAAAUAAACAAACAAGAAUAACGGUAAACAACAGGCAGCAAAGGUUACUGAAACGACAGCAGCAGCAGCAAGCGCAGCAGCCGGUGCAGCAAAGUGAAUCGUAUAAGCAAUUCUUCUAUUGUCGGCAAGAUUUUCAUUUUGCGCGAACAUUUCAAGUAUUCCAAAAAAUUCAAAAUCCAAUAGCCGGUGGCUGAACGGCAAAUCACGAUCUGGCAGGUGCGUGCAAAACAGUAAGCAAACCAAUAACAACCGUUAGUUUGAGCAACAUUACGUUUCAGCGUCGUAGCAGCCACACACACUUCCAAGUUGUCAAAAUCAUUCAUGCAAUCUUCACAAUUCUUCAAGUUUUGAGUCAUUAAACAAAAGCUCCAAACUUAAUUUGGCAACUUUUCAAAGUUUUUUUGGAAAAUUUGUUGCGCUUUAACGGCAUCUCAGUUGGCCUUCCACCAUUGUAUGCAUAUCUCGGCUGAAACGCCGAAAUUUUUCAAAACAACAACACCAACACAGCGUCAGUAUUGAAGCAUCAAUCGAGCGUAAUUCGCGUAAAGUCAUCUGAGAAUUCCAGCGUGAAGAUUUUAUCGUCGAACAGCUGUUCAGCUUAUACUUUUGCCAACAACGGCUCUAAACGGGCUGCUUGAUUAUACGAUCCACUGAGCAAUCAACAGCAAAAAGCUAAAGAGCAGACGAAAGAGAAAAAAGCAAUCAUUAAGCGAAAGUGAUAUAUCUACGAAUAUCAAAACAAUCAUAAAGCAAAUGAAGAAUUCGUGAACAUUUUUGCACAAAUACUUUUAAAAAGGCAUUACUAAUCGAUAUAUUUUCAUAUAUAUCGAUAAUUAAACAUUUCAAAAUAUUUUACGAUAUUUUCCUAGAAGUCAAACAUCUUCGGUUGUUCUUAUAUGAUUUCUUGAAACAGCCAAGCGUCAAGCGAAUAAAAAUCACUGACAUUAAAAGUUAGCAUUCCAAAUACAUACGCGAGCAAGAGCGAAGGAGAGAGUGCACAAAGGCGAGAGUAUAUAAAGGUGACAACAAAAUAGCGAACGAGUUUCCUAGUUGUGAAUUCAAAGUGAUUUAAAUUUAUAGAAAAAGCGAAGCGAAAAUUAAAAAAAAACCUAUUAUUUGUUCGCCAAAAGACAAAGCGCACCAGCGAAAGCUCAAUAAAAAGCUGCCAAGCUUAAAAGCUAUAGAGUGAUUUGCGCCCAUAAAAGAAGAGUGAAAUUAUAACGGCAGUCAUUAUCAACGCAAUAGAAAAGCAAUUUAGUACGGUAUCAUUAAAACAGUAACAAUAAGAACAACAAAAAAUAUAAAAAAUUAAAAUAAUUUAAAAAUAAAAACAUUUACAUAGCAAAUAUACUACUAUCACUACUACUACUACUACUACUCUACUACUAUUUCUACUACCAAAAGUAAGCAAGCUUGCGUGCCGCCCGUAAAUAGUCGGAGCUGGCGCAGCGUUGCAUUUCAAGCGCAAGCUAUACACGAACUGACCACGUACAGUGUUUGCAGUAUUAUUACGUAAAUAUUAAAAUACCAGAAAGUAAUUAAUAAUAAAUAAUAAAAAUUUGUAACGAUUUUUUCGGUGUUUGUGUAUGUUUGUACUUUUCAUAGCGCCUAAAAAUAUACUACAGUACAUAGCAUAUUUGAACAUUAAAGAAUUUAUUCCACGAAAAGUACGCAACGAAAGCGUUGAAUGUCUCGUAAGUCAAAUAGGUGUACAAGUUUUCUAUAAAAAUACAAAAAAAAUAUUACAAAAACAAAAGGGAAAAUCAUUGUAUGGAUGUCUAAGAUUUUAAUGGCAUAAAAACGGAACUGAUUUUAUAUAUACAUAUAUAUGUAAUAACAGUUAUACUAGAAAAAAGACUAAAAUAUAUAAACAAAUACUAGAAAAUUAAAAAAAAGAAACCAUAUUUUAAACACCAAAAGUGUUGUAAACAAGAUUUUAGACGAAAGUGAAAACUUUUCGAAAACAAGCGUACUUCCAACGACUACAAAAGACGACGAAUACAGCCACGUUAUUACUGUGUGUGAGUGCGCGCAAAUAAAUCGGUUAACAUUAGCAGCUUAAAAAGGCCAAAUUUAAACUUUUUAAACGAAUAAUAUUUACAAAAAGAAGUCGUCGUGUAACGCAAACCGCCAAUGCGACAAGUGAUUAUCGCACAUUAAAUAGAAAGAAGUGAUUUCAGCGUAUGAGUGAACAUUUUUUAAUGAUUUCAAAUAUUUUAAACUUUUUCAAAAAUUACGUCAAAUUUAUGCCAACAAAUAAUUGACUUCAACAAGUACGUAAAUAGACGAAAAUAAUAUUUUAAACAUAUAUGCUUUAAGCUUACUAAAAACCUAAAUGAAAACUGCAUGCAAACACGAAAAAUAAACUUACAGUGAAAUUGGCAACAUAGCAAGUGGUGUGCAAGCGCGCUAUACAAAAACGGCAACAGUGUGUAUCGAAACUUGUGAAAGGAGCCGAGGGUAAGCUAAGUAAAGCAAGCGAUUUUGUUUGUGUGAAAAUUGGCAACGUAGAGAGAGAGUGGUGAGCAAAAUUGCAACUGGACAGCCUGUAAAGUGAUUUUAUAUACCAACUAUACAAAUAAAUGAACUUAUUUACUAAUAAAUAGCAACACAACAAAACAACUGAAGCAAAGCAGCAAAAGUGUAGCAGUCGACGUGAAAAAAUAUUGGGAUUGAUUAUUUCAACGUGAGCGCAAUCGUGCAGUUGUCAAAAAGGGAGUAGAAACUCUGUGAGUUAGCAAAAUCAAGAGAGCGGCGAAGUAAAUCGAGAUCCAAGAGAAUCUUGCAAAUCUACACCACCAAAUAAAACCAACUAUACUAAACUAAAGAGAAUAGUAGCAGAGCAAAACAAAUAUCCAUAAAAAGGAGCUAACGAAUAAUCAUAUUAAAUUUAUACAAAGAGAAUAUAAAACCAACAGUUUAUAACAACAACAAUAUAUAUAUAUAUAUAUCUAUAUAUAAAUAUAAAAACGUGACAUACAAAUACCAAUGUUCCAUAAAGCACCAGCAGAUCAAGAGAGCAACAGCACCAACAGCAGCAGCAGUUAAGAGAGAAAAAGAGAGAGUAAAGAGAGAACUUAAUACAACAUAAAAGCAAAUUUUUAAAUAAAAUCUUAGUGAGCGGAGAAUAUAAAUUAUAUAAAAAUAUAAAUAUUGCUGUCUUUUUGCAUUUUUGCAAUUUUAUAAAAAACAAAAACAAAUAAUAAAAAAGCAAAUAUUAUAAUAUAUAUAUACUAUAUAUACUUACAAAGGCGAAUCAAUACACGAACAAUCCUUUGAGAAGCAGAGAUACACACUUAACGAACAUAAAGAAUCAUUAGCAAAAUUUACUCUUUUAACUUAAACAACAACAACUAACUAAAGAAAAACCAAAAAGAAAAAAUCAUUGAAAAAUCAAUUUUACUAAAAAGCAAAAUUUUAGCGAAAGAAACUCAUAAACACACAUACAAAGAAACGCGCGUAAAACGAUCGUAGUUGAUCUAAAACCCAUACACCAAGCAGCAACGCAGAGCGAAAGCUACCAAAAACGCACGAAAGCUCAAAGUGGCCACAAGCGAAAGCUCCACGCCAACAACACAGUGUAAAGUCUUCUAGUCAAAAAACAAAAAAACAAAAAAACAAAGAAAGAAAGUAAAUAAAUAAGCAAAGCUAAAACUAUUUGCAAUUUGUGUAAAGAUAAUUUUUAGCGAAAGCUUACUUAAACUAACUUACAUACAUACUUACUUACUUACAUACUUAAUUUCCAACGGGACUUGUGCAAAGCGCAAUCAAAGCUCUUAUAAAAGAAAUAUUUAAAUUAAAUUAAAUUUAAGCGACAUUUAAACAAGCAGUGAGACUAAAUACUAAGCAACAACAAAUCAUUCAUACAAAUAAAGCAACUAAGCGCUAAGCAAACAGUACAGUUAGAUAGCCAGGCGAGCGUGCAUAGUUCAAAAGCGAGAAAGUGCGUGUGUAGGCAGAUCAUAGAUCGUGUGCCAACAGCAAGGAAGAGUUAGGCGAGUAAGAGAGAGCACGCGUUCGAGCGCACACAACCGUUGAGAGCGAACUUCAAAAUUACGCCCCAAAAGCAAGCAAGCGCCGCAACAAGCAGCAGCAGCAGCAGCAACAACAGCCGUUAAUAAAAAGCAAACGCCACAAGCAAGCACCGGCAAGAAAAUGACCAACGCCAUGGAUAUUGUGAAGAAUGGCAGCGCCAAUGGCUCCGUCGAUGGCAGCUCGGAUGAGUCGCGCACCAACUUGAUUGUGAACUAUUUGCCACAGACAAUGACGCAAGAAGAGAUGCGUUCGCUCUUCUCGAGCAUUGGCGAAUUGGAGAGUUGCAAGCUUGUGCGCGACAAAGCCUCAGGUAAUUUGGUGUUGCCAGCUUCGUUGACCGCACUCAAUCCGGCAUUGCAGCAAGUCGGCCAAAGCUUGGGCUACGGUUUUGUUAACUAUGUACGCGCCGAGGAUGCUGAGAAGGCCGUUAAUACAUUGAAUGGCUUGCGUUUGCAGAAUAAAGUGAUUAAAGUAUCAUACGCCCGUCCAAGUUCGGAAUCAAUAAAGGGUGCUAAUUUGUAUGUAUCGGGUCUUCCCAAAAAUCUAUCACAACCAGACUUGGAGGCACUAUUCGCAUCAUAUGGCAAGAUAAUUACAUCUCGUAUACUCUGUGAUAAUAUUUCUGGUCUAUCGAAAGGUGUCGGUUUUAUACGUUUCGACCAACGCAACGAAGCCGAGCGCGCUAUACAGGAAUUAAAUGGUAAAACGCCCAAAGGUUACACCGAACCAAUUACUGUUAAAUUUGCCAAUAAUCCCAGCAAUAGCGCCAAAGCUCAACUCCCACCACCAUUGGCCGCUUAUUUGACACCACAAGCGGCUGCCGCAACGCGUCGACUCGCUGGCGCACUGCCAUCGGCUGGACGUAUAAGCAUUGGAAAAAGCCCGAUGUUAGCCAUUAACAAGGGUUUGCAAAGAUACUCACCAUUGGCUGGUGAUCUCUUGGCCAAUUCGAUUUUGCCCGGCAAUGCAAUGACCGGCUCCGGCUGGUGUAUAUUCGUUUACAACCUCGCACCCGAAACGGAGGAGAAUGUCUUGUGGCAGCUGUUCGGCCCAUUCGGUGCCGUCCAAUCGGUCAAGGUUAUACGUGAUUUACAGACGAGCAAAUGCAAGGGUUUCGGUUUCGUGACCAUGACGAAUUACGACGAAGCGGUUGUGGCAAUACAAUCACUCAACGGUUAUACACUCGGCAACAGGGUGUUGCAAGUUAGCUUUAAGACAAAUAAAACCAAAACCGCUUAAGUGAACUUGAGUGGUGUUAAGAAGAAGAAGCAAAACAACAGCAACUAUAGGAAAAACAGCAAGAAUGUGAAGGAAAAUGAAAGAGAAGGCAAAACGGCGGUAGUGAAAGAGAACGGGAGCGCAAGCACAAGCAAAGUGUUGAUGAAAGAGAAGUAGAAGUAAAGCUUUGCAAAAAUAUGUGAGAGAUAGAGCAGGAGUUGAGAGCGUGAAAUUAGUGAAAGGAAAGCAGGAUAAAUAAGCAUGAAGUGUAAGCAACAACUAGUAAACACCGCAGUUCAACUAAACAACAGCAAAAAAGUUAAAAACAUGCAAAAAAAAAAUAUUUAAAAAAUUUACAUAAAUUAUAUACACAUAUUAUAUAUGAAGCUGUAGUUAUGUGUGCAAGAGAGACAGCUGAAAAAUAUUAACUAUACAAAAAGUGUUGAAAAAUGAAAUUGAAAUUUACCACUAGUCACACAAAAAAUUAAAAAAAAAGCAAAAAAUAUUUUUCAUUGAAGAAAAUUAGUAAAAAUUAUAAGUUGUGCAAAAUUAAAUUUAGUUUUGUAGUAUUUAUUGAAAUUCGAAAAUUUGUUAGCAAAAAAUGUAAGAGAAAAAUACGAAAAACGGAGCAGAGAACGGCAUAUGGCAAAAGGGAGUAGGGAAAGCGUGAAAUUGUUUGCACAACGCAAUGCUUUCUAGCAAUAUUUUUUUGUGUGUUCAAGCGAGCCGAAAGUAGUUGAGCGUGAGAGCGAGAUAACAGCAGCAGUAAGUGCAAAAGCUUUGCCAUGAAUAGCAAACGGCCAAAAGGCUUAAAAGAGCGCAGAGAAAUAAACCAGCGUGAGCGUUGAAAGAGCAAAGCGAUGCUGCCAGAUGUCACGCUGCUAAUUGGUAUGAAGCAAAAGCUUUGCAUGGCAACACCCGAUCAACACUGGCACAAAUAGUUUAACACAAAAAUCAACCCUGAAAAUAUUCAAAAGAAAAAUGGAAAUUCUCAAAACCUAAAGAAAGGGAAAUAAAAAUAAUAUGAAAAUAAAAAUAAAGCAACAAAUAAUUCUCAAACUCAUCGUAUAACUACUUAUGCAUAUAUAUAUAUAAAUAUAUAUUUAUUACUUAUUAUUAACUAUUAUAAUUAAAUAACUUAAAAUUAUUAUGUGGAAAAUAUUUAAGCAAAAUUUAUUUAAACAAAAUACUUAGUCACACUUGUAAACCCACUUUUUAAACUAAUUACUUAAUUGUACUUAAUUAAAUUGUAUUUGUAUUUGUAUUUGUCUAUCAUAUAUAUACAUAAACACACAUAUAUAUAUAUAUAUAUAAAUUUAUGAAUUUUCGUAAUUAAUUAAUUUAUUAAUUUCGUAGUUUCAAAACAAAAACAAAAAAUGCCGAGAGAAAAUACUUAAAAAUCUAAUUAUUAUAAAUUCAUAUAUUAAUUAUUGCAUGAAACAUAAAUAAUGAGAGGAAAAAUAAAACAAAACAAAAUAAACAGACAUACACACACACAAAGUAAAGCAACCGAUACGCAUAUUUUACAGCAUAAAAUAUUUAUAAAAUAACAGUAUCAAAACAAAAACAAAAACAAAAAACCAAACAAAUAAAAAUAUACAUACAAUACAUAAAUUAAAUAAAAUACAAAAAAACAAGCUAUUUGCUAUUAUUAAAUUAAUUAUUAUUAUUAUUAUAAAUUUAUUAAUUGAUAUUGCCAUGAAAUUAACUAAAUAAAUGUGUGAAUUAUUUGAAAUUUUAAAACCGAGUGCAAAUUACAUCUAGAUGGCAACCACGCGCCACGUGCGCAAUACUGAUUGGCUAUAGCAAUUGUGGAGUGUGAGCGAUUAGCAUAGCGGAUAGAGGAGGGAAGCCAGUGUGUGGCGAGAGUGAGAGAUAGAACGAAAGCGAGAGCAAGAGAAACAGAAUGCUAGGAGGUAGAACGAAAAAGACAGAAAGAGAGAGAGAAGAAAAGAAGCAAAAGUUGAGUGAGAGUAAGAGAUCGAGAGAAUGAAAGAGAGCUCCAAUGUUGCAAAGGAGAGAAGGAGAAAGAAGUUGUACUGAGAGAAAAAGAGAGGAAUAUGAGAAGGUAGAGCGGAAAUAAGGAGAAAGAGAAGCAGGUUGAUCGUUAUAAAAAAGCAAUGAGAGCAGAGCGUCGCGCAAAUUAGUAUAACAGCUGAACAAUGUAGACGCCGAGAGUGCUAGCUCGGGAAGCUGGUGCAGUGGCUUGUAAAUGCUAGUAAUAUUAAAGUCGUGAUAGUGAACGCAAUUGCACAAGAAGUGCACACAGCAAUUGUUGUGGCUUGUAUAAAAUAUUUUCGAGCGAGUGCGAGUGAUUUGAGUGUGAAGUGUGUAUUGAAACAGGUAAGAGCAAAACAAUAUUGGCGGGAGCCGGGAAGUAAAAUCAUGAAAGCCAGAGAUAUUUUGUGUAAUGAUUUAGUAAAGUUUCACACCCAGAAACUGAACAAAACUGUAGACACAACUUUACAAAAACGAUCAGGUGUUACGAUAGCAAAUCCAGUCCGGGCAGAAGUUUGCUGUUACUGAGAAAAGCUUUCGUGUUUUCUGCCAUUUGUCGCUUUUUAUUGAGAUCUCUCUCGUUUUUUUGACUCUCUUUCGUUCUGCCUUUCAAUGGCGCUUCUCUCGAUUUCACUUUCUCUGUCUCUUUCCUUGAGUGAGGCUGCGUAUUUUAGCUUAGAGAUCAUCCUUUGGGUUUAGUGCUGUUUGAGAGCAUUCAUAAUUUACACACUUCACUUCUCUCACUCUACACUAUGAAUCACAACUAUUUAUAGUUAAUCAAAUGCGAUCAAUGUUUUAAAAAAAUAACCAGCAAAUUUUUAUUAAAAUAAAAUAUUAAAUUAAUAUAAAUAAAUAGUCAAAGAAAAAGUAAAAUAUGUAUGAAUGUUUUCGUAAACUAUAGAUUCUUUUAGUUGUCACUUCACGCUUACUAAUGAAAAUUAAGUAGUAGAAAUGUGUAUGAAAAAGGUUAAAAAAUGAGCAUAAAAAAUUUUAUAUUAGAAAUUAUUAUUAAACAAAUCAAUGUUAUAUCAAAAUAUGAGUGCGAAAUGUGAAAGAACUUCUAAGAGCACCAAAGAAAAAUUAAGAGCUAAAAUUAAUUUAAAUUAUUCGUUCCAAUAAGUGAGUAUAAAUUAUGAAUUAGCAUUAUUAAGUGAAAUAAGAAAAUAAAAAAAAAAUCAUAACGGAGUAUUAGGAUGAAACCGUAAGGAAGUCAAAACUAAAACACCAACUUUGAAUAUUAUAAAAAGUUUUUUUAAAAAGUACUUAUAUAGUGAAAUUUAAUAAAAAAAAUAUCAAGAAAAUUCACAAAAAAAUAUGAGAAGAGCGCUGAAAGCUGUUAUUGGAGUGAGAGUACGCUUAUAAAUGACGAGCAGAGAAAGAAAGAAAAAUUUAAGAAGUAAAAGCGAGAAAGAAAAGUAGAAGUAAGAAGAGUACGCGGAGAUCUUAUAAAGAGCAAGCAAAGGAAAGUCGAAACUAGCGGUUAGUAAGAGUGACGAAGUAACAGCAAGGUUAAGAGAGUAUACCGAAUUGUAGGUAGCUAACCGCUGAGUAUGGUGUGAAGCUGUGAAGCAAAGAACUGAAAAGUUAAAACGUGCAUUUCCAAUCAAAAGAGGCGUGAAAUGUGAAAUGCAUUUAAAAUAAAAACAGAAAAUUGACAAAGAGGUAUUUAGAAUAUGACAUUUUUUAUAAACAAAUAGCUAGAAGAGAGAAUAGUAGGGAAAGAAUGUUAGAGUAUCGAGCGGGAAAGUGUGCGGAAGAUAAGUAAGGAGAAGAAGCAGUACACUGAAAGUGAAGUGAGUUGUAAACAUGCAGUUAAAAGCAGGCGGGCGAUUGCAAUAACAAAAUAUUAAGAUAGCAAAAAAUUAAAAACGAAAAUCAACAACUAAUGGCAAUAUUUUCGGAGGUUGAGGCAUUAAGUAGCAAAAAUCCAUGCAUAAGCAAAACGAAAAGUACUAGUACAUGAAAACACAGUACAUAAUACGAGUGUUUAAAUGCAAAUGCAUACAAUAAGCCAAAUUUUAUAAGUGCAGGUGCGCUAAUAGUGAAGCAUGAGUGUGUAGCAGAAAUGCCUGAAAUGUUGCAACAGCACAUUAAAUAGUUUUAACAGAAAAAUGACAACAGCGCAUUACAUAGUUUUAACUGAAAAGUGGCAACAGCGCAUUACAUUGUUUUAUCUGAAAAAUGGCAAUGGCGCGGCAACAUACAAACCAUCAAAAAUGUGUUUAAAAGUAAAAAAAACAAACGUUCAACAAAGGUGAGCUGGUAUAGAGUGUGCUGCAGCUGUUGUGGGCGAGCAGGCAAAGCGUGCAAGUGAGAGGAGAAAAUGUCAGGCAGGGUAUUUUUAUAUUGAAGUUCAGAAAGUGGUUAGAAACUGUAGAGGGGAGUUCUUAUAUUGAAGAAAGAGAGCAAGUUGAUAUGAAUAGGUGAGCGUAUACCUAGAGAGAGUGCGAGUGACAGAGAGACAUUUUAUAAGAAAAAAUAUAGUGUGUUACCAGAGUAGCGAUGAAAAGAAGCACGUCUUGGCCAGUCUGUUGCACAACUGCCUGUCGGCGCAUUCCACUCAACCGUUCACCUCAAUUCUGCCGAACAAUCGAUAGCCACAAAUAUAUAAUCAAGUACACGCAUACUUUGCUCUAUAUCAAACUUGUGUAAUGUGUAGGCAAUGCGCUCAUGUAGGUGCUAAUCGAAAAUGUGUUAUUAAAAAGCUCACUAAUCAUACAUUCAUCUACAUAGUAUAUUAUAUCGAAAAUUAUCACACAUUUCAAUGAAUGUAUUUUAUGUAAUCAAUGUUGAGACAGUAACGAAUCGAGCUCGAUAAUAUCUUUGCGUGUAAAUCAACAAUAAAAACAACAGUACAUACUAUAUAUAACAAUCGAUAUGAUUGGAAUUUAAUUGUUUACAAAUAAAAAUAAGCGAAAGCGAGUAAAAAUAAUAACAAAAAUCACCCUCAUGCACAUACGCAACUAAAAAAUGUUAAUCAUAGCAUCGGAUUUGGAUCGCAUACCGAUUAAAAAUUAUUCAAAACUUAUUACACACAUUCGUAUAAAUGUCAUAAACAUUUGAUGUGCUCAUUAUUGCAUAUGUAGACUAGCCGAGAACCGCUAUAUGCUUGAGUGUAUUGGGAGUCAGCUUAUAGAAAAUGUUUUUCCCAUGUCAGAUACAUAAAUAUAACGUGUGUUUAACCAAUUAGUAGCAUCAAAAAAUAUAAAUAACUGUUAUGCAUAACUGUAAACAAAGGCACACGCAAAAAUAACCAAUAAAAUAAGGUGUGUGUCCAGGAUAGCGAAUAAAUGGGAGCGGGUAGGUGUAUUGGCUAAGAGAGUUGAGAGGGCGAGAGAGAGUAAGGUAGAUAAAGAGGAAAGGACGGGUGUAAAGUGCAAAGGUGGGGGAAAAAAGAAAAAAAUAGCGUAGAAGGUGAAAGAUUAGAGAAAGAAAAGAUUAAGCGAAAAAUCGGUUGUAAAAUAGAAAAAAGUAAGGAUAUGUAAAGAGAAAAGUUAAAGGUUAGAGGGUUGACGAAAGGAGAAAAAGGAUAUAGAGUUUUUGUAAGGUUGCAGAAAUUUCAAUUUAAGGGUGUUUGAUAUAUGAUCGUGAGGGUUGAAGAAAUGGCAGAAAUGAAACUGGCAGGACAGAGAUUGUUGGCGAAACAAAUGUAUAAAAAUAAAAUGCAGAGAAUGUUGACAAAAUAAUGGCAAUAAGCUUUAGUUUCCUACAAAUUUGUGGAGAAGCCAAAAACAGGAACGGAAACGGUAAGAUGAAGUUUGUGAAAUAUAAACUAAAAAAGCUGAGCGAGGAAAAUUUGUAAGGGAUGGUGGCGAUUGAACAUAUAAAGAUGGCAUAUACUAUAUGAAACUGAUGAAAGAGAAAGAGCAUGGCAAACAAUAGUUAAAGUAGAGAGUAGAAAAGUGGUGAGAUAGAAUAUAAGAACAUGCAUGUGAGAUUAAAGAGAAGAAAAGUGAAGAGAAGAGAUAAGAAGAGAAGGGAAGAAAAGAAAACAGAAGAGAGGGGAGGGAAAAAAAGAAGAUAAGGGUAGAGAAUAGAGUUAGAAGAAAAGAGUUGCAUAAAAGCGUAAGAACUUCUCAAGUGAAGUCAAGUGGUAAGUAGGGAUACCGUGUAGAAAUGGGAGGUAAAAUAGUGUCAGUGCGAAGAUUAUAGAAAAUAAAUGCUUAAAAUAGGUGGCAUUCCCUUCCCUUACCAAAUUGAAAAGUAUUAGUCAUCGCGAAAGGUUUCAGUGUGGUUUUCCAACUAGUAAAAAACGUUUGAGCUGCUUCAAAAAACAGUUGGCUAACUUAGUAUAUAUAGUAUAAAACAGCGCAUUUACUUAAAAAUAAAUACAAGCAAACAACGAAAUCAAAGGAGCUUCUGGCCAACUGCGUGAAAAGCACGAAAAUUUAAACAAAAAAAAAAACAGGGUAUUAGCAGAAAAGCUGUGUAGAAGAGUAAAGUAUAAACCGUAAAGGUGGAAGACAUUGAUAGUUGUGAAUGAGUUGCGCGCGCACUCUCUCGCUCUCUCUCUUUUUUUUUCUCAUAAGUGGUUAGUCGAGUUGCAAACCCUUAGGGGAGCGCAAAUGUGCUAUUUUGCAAUAGAGUUUCAAUUGAUAUAACUUUUUGUGGACUUAACAAGCAGUAAGGUGAUGUUUGCUGAAAUCUGCUUGCUUUUGUAUUGCAUUUUAAAAUUUUCUAGCUUAGCCAAGGCACACACCACACAUUCAGCGCAAGCGUCCUAGACACAAACCACCUUCUACUACCCCCAAUGUGCAACCACUAACAUAGAACACACAAGCGACAGGCGAUCUGAAGCAGUUAGCGCAAAUUUUUUAAAAUCAGUAUAGAAAAACUUUAUUAAAAAUAAAAGAUUUUAAGUAAAAAUUCAUAUUUUAACAUGCAAAAACACGUAACAAUAAGCAAAAAGUAAAAGUUAUUGAUGUUAAACUGGAAGCUAGCAGGCGGAAAGGGGCGCCAGGCCACGAAAAUUGCAUUUAUACAAAACACAGUGGCGCCAAUAUUUACGUGUACACAGUGUGCGGCCAAAGCGUGUGCCAGUCAAGCGCCAGCAACCCAAGCACAUACAUGUUUGUAUAUGAAAACUAAGUACUAAAGCAUUUCAAAAUCCCGUAAAAUAUACCGUACCAUAUAAAAUAACAUAAAAUAACUGUACUGAAAACGACACCAAAAAUCCCACUUAGCAAAAAUUCACACUCGUACUGACACUGUCAAAGCAAAAAGCCGAAAAAAUAGUUUAAAAAUAAAUGCGAAAAAUGACAUAAAAUACUACUAUAACUACUACUAUUUUACGAACAGUACAUAGCAACCCAUAAAGCGUAGCAGAAUUUCAGAAUUUAUAUAGUGGAACAAAAAAGUAAAAAGUAAAGCGAAAAAGCAGCAAAGAAACUAGUGAAAAUCGAAAAAUUUUGAAAUGUUGUAGAAUGCAUGAAAAUACACGAAAUUGUCGUCGUAAAUCCAAAAAUAAAAUCAGCUUCCAAAAUUUUUAAGAUACUAGUCAAGUAAGUGUUUAAUAUUAGCAAAAGCAAAGUUUAUAAGAAAAAUCAGCAAAUUGAAAAAUUAAGCAUAUAGCAUUAUAUAACAGUAAAUGUGGUAGUGAUGCGGUAAAAAGCAUUCAAAAACUAUACCGUUAGCUUGGUUAGAUACCAGCAAUUUUUUUGAAAAAUUAAAAGAAAUUAAAAAAUAUACAUACAUACAUCUAUAUAUAUAUAUAUUAACGUGUAAGCAACCAUUUUCCGAAUAAAAAUCACUGAUUUUUCAUAUAUAUAGUAAAUUUUACGCAUAAAUAUAUAUAUACAUAUACAUAUAUAACGUAUUAAAUGUAAAAAACACCACAGCAAAAAUUUGAGAUCAUUAGAGAUAAGAGCGAAUCGAGUUUAUGAUUUGAGUUUAUGUACGUGUAAGAGCUAAGCGCUGAGAGCGCAAAAUUGGAAGAGCCGUAAAGUGUGCGCUGCGCUACAGUGGCGUGCAUAUUUAUGAAACCAGCAAUUUUGCGCGCAGAAAUAAAAAGGAAAUAAAAUAUAUGAGAAAAUUUACAUUAAAAAUAAGAGAGAAAAUUACCGUAAAAGAAAACAAAAAAAUAUUUAUGAAAACAAUUUGAACAAAUUUGUAGUAGAAAACUUAUAUUACAAAAGCAACGCAUGCGAUUUAACAAAACAUUUACUAUCAACUAUGAUUUACUCGCAUAAACAUACUUACAAACUAGUUUCAUGUUUCUCUUAAAUGUUCAAAAGCAAAACGCAAAACGCAAAACGUAAUAAGCGAAAAACAAAUACAAAAGCAAAUUGCAAAAACAAUAAUUAAAAUAUAGCGUGUGUUAGACAAGCUGGCAACACUAUGCAUGAUUAUAACAAUUACCUACGUGUCACAUAAAUACAUAGACGCUUACAAACAUAUAGAGAUAAACACAUAUAUAUAUAUAUAUAUAAAUACAUAUAUACAUGUUUAAUGUAUUUAUAACGGUACUUGUACUAGUAUUUGUGUUCCCCGCCCAAGCACACAAAGCAACAAUGCAAAAAAUGCGAAAAAUGCAAGAAACGAAGAAAUUGACAAACAAAUGGGUGCUUAGAAUGUAUUUAAUUACCUACAUGAUUACUUAGCGAAACUCUCUUAACUGACUGCUGAGAGCGUAGCGUGCGCAAAAUGAGUGCGCAACACAUGGAUGUGCUGCUUAAGCUGCGUGGCUGUUACAAAUACAAAAAGAAAAAACAACAAAUCGCCAAUAACGGCGCGACAGGCAAGGCAAACAUUGUUUUUCACACGAGUGUACUGGCCAGCGCAUAAAAAUGUAAAGCGUAAAACGCUGUCAAGCCUCACCAACAGUCGUUUUUCGAUACUUGUCAGCGGUUUGCCGUUAAAAAAAUGCAGGCGAUUACUUUUCAAUUACUUUAUGAUUACUUCACUUUCAUUAUACCCAACAACAUAUUGUCUCACUAAAGGUGGUUGUAUGCGUGCGUAAUACAAGCAUACAACAAUUACGCUAAACUAUCAAGUAGUUGACUUUAAUUACCACUUAUUUCUUAAAAGUAAUUACCUAAACAAAACUUAUUUAUACCAAGUAAUUAUAUAUCGAGUGCAUGCAUUAGUGUUUAAUUAUUUGUGUUUAGCUUUUAUGUGCGUAUAUACAUAUAUAAUAACUGAAAAUACAUAAACAGUAUUUAUGAAUUAUAACUUGUCGCCAUUGUAAUGCAUUACUAAACCAAAUACAUAUACUUUAAAUACUUGUAUUGUAAUUAAUUGAAAUUUUCUCUAACCGUAUGCAUAUAAUUGUUAGUUCUAAUAAUUUAAGUAAUAUAUUAUUAACAAGCAGAAAAUGUAGCAUUACCAGCUGUCAUUAUAUAUGCAUUACUUUGCAUUACAUUAGAUAACCUUAGAUUACAUUUAAUUUUGUAGCGCGUAAAUCAUGUGCGCAUAUACUGUGCUUAUUUUAAAUGCAAUUACGUGCAUUAUAGUAGUGGUAAUGCUUUUUGCAUUACACCUUACAAUUACUUUGUAAUGCUCUUAUUUAUUAUAAACACACGAGCACAUAUUACUUUCGAUGUAUUCAAAUAUUUGUGUAUUUAUAUGAAUUGCAUAUUAAUUAACGCAUUAACGCAUUACCCAUUACAAUUAUAAUUACAAACCGGCGUCAAAGCAAAUGCCAGCAAAAAAAUAUAUAAAAUGCCAUACGUAGCAAUUAAAUGCAACAGUAAGUCACAAUGUGAUUAAAACCAAGCAAGCAAUUAAACUAAAGUAAUUCAAGUAAUGGAAAGUAAUUAGAUGGGUAUUUGUUAAAGGCAUAAUAAAUGUAAACUCAAAGUAAACGCAAAAUAGCAAAUAAAAGCUCUAAAGAGGCGAAUCAUGGCAACUCCGAGGAAGCUAAAGUGAAGCGGAAGCAAAGUUGAAAAGAGAGCGAGAAUUACAGCGAGUUGUGGUGCGGCGAGCGGAGAACAUCCUUAGAGCAAAGAGCGGAAGAGCAAGGUGUGAGUAAUGCAGCGAAAAUCAUGAAAACAAAGCUAAGAUAUAGCUAAGCAGAGCAAGUAAGCGUACUGUAAGCUCAUGUGGGAGUAUACUAUAUAGAUAAACUCUUUCUCUUCUUCUGGAUCACUCUCUCAAGCCAAACCUACGUGCUCUUCAAGUGACUAGUUAAUAGCCGAAGAUCACUUAUCCGAACAAAAACAAAGUUGUGAGCAACAUAAAUCCAUAUAUAUAUAUACAUACAUACAGACAACACGCAUACACACACAUAUAUAA